AACAUUUACACAUCACAAAAUCAAAACCUUGAUCAAAACUACAAAAAAUGACUGAUCAUCAUCAUCAUCAUUCUCAAUUGGUGCCAUUCAUGAUGAUUAUCAUUAUGAUUGUUCUAGGGUCAACCACCAUUAAUCCGACAAUGGCCGAUAAGGAUUCUUUUUUAAGUUCCCUAUUGGAUCGAUUUAGUAGACAAUCAUCUAAUACAAAUAAAAAUGACAAUGAUGAUGAUUAUGGUGAAUUUGUAAAUACCAAUUAUGCGGAUUCAUAUUUUCGCCGUUUCGGUAUAUUAUCGGUGUUUAUAAAUCGUAAUGAUAAAUCGAAAUUAUUAAAUCGUUCACCAACAUCUGUAAAUCGUCGUCGACCAGAUAAUUUUGUCGGUUAUCGAUCAAGAUCAUCAAAUCGACCACGAACAACAUCAACAUUUUUUCGAGAUCCAUUUCUUAACGAAGAAGUUGAAUUUGUUACAAAAUUUUCAAAUAUUUGAACACCAGAAUCAUAUUUGUAUCUUUGCGACAUCUAUCGAUUAAUAAUUGUAAUAUUUUUUUUCGAAUGAAUGUCAUAAAAAAAAUUUUGGUCGC